GUACGAUUUAGCUGCUGUUCUAUUUGGGCUCUGGCUCAACAGUGAACCCCACCGCAUGCAUCUUGUUUGCCAGCUGAUGGGCACUAAUGAGGUGAACAUGAGAUUCACUUGCAUCAUGUUUAUUUCCUUGCACACACUCCUACUCCCGGCAUUAGGCCAAUUCUCAUCUGUGUCAGUUACGAAGAAGGGAGGAUGGGGACGAGGGCGGAUGAAAAAUUGCUUACCAGACAACCUUUAUGUGCAGUUGUGCAUUAGAGUGGUGGUGGUGGCGGCGGUAGUGGUGGGGGCAGGCGGCUCGCUGCGCUGGGCAGAGGAGAGAGGAGCAAAUGUAUUGCGGAGGGAGCAACGGAGGAGGAGGAGGGCCUACAGCUAUUGUUCAUGUCCUCCCGUGAACAAAGGGCUCAUCGGGGUCUGCUGUUCCUCAAAGUCAUUCAAGCUGUACUCUCCGAAGGAGCCCCCCAACGGUAGCACUUUCCCCCCCUUUCAUCCCGGCACCAUGCUGGACAGAGACGUUGGGCCAACCCCAAUGUAUCCCCCGACAUACCUCGAGCCAGGCAUCGGGAGGCACACACCAUAUGGCAACCAGACAGACUACAGAAUAUUUGAACUCAACAAAAGGCUACAAAAUUGGACAGAGGAUUGCGACAACCUUUGGUGGGAUGCUUUUACUACAGAAUUCUUUGAAGAUGAUGCCAUGUUGACCAUUACAUUCUGUCUGGAGGAUGGACCCAAGCGUUACACAAUUGGUCGGACGUUGAUUCCGAGGUACUUUCGGAGUAUAUUCGAGGGCGGUGCCACUGAGCUUUACUAUGUGCUGAAACAUCCUAAGGAGUCAUUCCACAACAAUUUCGUGUCACUGGACUGUGAUCAGUGCACAAUGGUCACCCAGAAUGGAAAACCAAUGUUCACACAGGUAUGUGUCGAGGGUCGUUUGUACUUGGAGUUCAUGUUUGACGACAUGAUGAGGAUAAAAACGUGGCACUUCAGCAUCAGGCAGCAUCGUGAACUCAUUCCCCGCAGUAUACUGGCAAUGCAUGCCCAGGACCCGCAGAUGUUGGACCAACUGUCUAAAAACAUUACAAGAUGUGGACUGUCGAACUCUACUCUAAACUACCUCCGUCUUUGUGUGAUUCUGGAACCCAUGCAGGAGCUGAUGUCCAGACACAAGACGUACAGCCUCAGCCCCAGAGACUGCCUCAAAACCUGCCUCUUUCAGAAAUGGCAGAGGAUGGUGGCACCACCAGGUAUGAGUGAAAACACUGCUCACGCGCCAAGCUCAUUGGCAACCGAUCUUAACGGACCUCUCUAUUCAGCGGAGCCAUCACGACAGGCCCCGAAUAAAAGGCGGAAGCGCAAGAUGUCAGGUGGCAGCACAAUCAGCGGAGGGGGAACCAACAAUAACAACAACAAGAAGAAGAGUCCUGGCAGUGGCUUCCCUCUGUCCAGCCAAGUUCCUGAUGUGAUGGUAGUGGGAGAGCCCACUCUGAUGGGUGGAGAGUUCGGCGACGAGGAUGAACGUCUGAUCACACGACUGGAGAACACGCAGUUCGAUGCCGCCAACGGCAUUGAUGACGAGGACAGCUUCAAUAACUCUCCAGCGCUGGGCUCCAACUCACCCUGGAACAACAAGGCCCCUUCCAGCCAGGAGAGCAAGAGCGACAACCCCACGUCCCAGGCUUCCCAGUAGAGCAUCGAACCCCAAAACCUCACACAAAUCAUGUUCUUACUCAAAAAGUCCACCCCAGAUCCCAGGUGCAACUUGGGCCCUGACUCCAGACUUUACGAUAAGAAUCAUCGACCACUCCUAGCCUGAACAAUCUCAGUAUCGGCCCGACGUUCUCACUGAGCCAGAGGAGGUUUCACCAUGUUUCAUCCUCGCUGUGACUUGCCCCAGUACUUAGUCUCUGGUCCUUUCUCUCUGUCCUCCAAUGUAUCGAAUGUCCUAACAACGCCCACAAACUGCAUUGGGAAGGUGCUGUGACACAUACUCACAGCGGUAAAGAAUGGAAAGGUGGCAGUUGGACUUGACAACGGUGGCGAGUUGCUUAGGGACGACUCGUCCAUCCAGACAUCAAACAUGACUAUCGCCGCAUCAGUCUGUUAAUAGCGCGUCUGUGUUCGUGAGCGAAUGGGUGAAGGGUGUAGAUGCCGAGUUUGCAACUUUCACACUAAAGAGACCAUAAUAAAGUCAACCCAUCCAAAUUGACACCGUAGUAGCUAAUGUGGCACUGGACGAAGGACAGACACAAACAUAAAUGAAGGAUUUUCCAGUUCCCUUGUGCCCGACUCAUCUCUGAGACAAUGUCUGUUCUAGAGAGAGCAUUUGCAACAAACAUACACUCACACACAGCUACACGUUUUAAGAGUUUUUAUACAGUAUAUAUUUCCCUAGAAUGUUUUUUUAAUUUGUAUUAAAACACCUUGUUUCAACUUUUUUAUUUUUACCAAUACUGAAAAGCUACAGACCAAGGAGCAACACAGGACUUUUAUCCCCAUCCCUCCCUCUAAGAUAUAUUGUUUUUAUCUUUUAUGUUUAUAAAAGAAAUUAUUCAGUGUGGAUGUUUUUAUGUUGUCUAUUUUUGGUUCCUUUUUGAAGAUAUUUUUUUGUGUAUUUGUGCUUGUAUAUUUAAGGUAGUAGCAAAGUUCUGUCUGACUGUAAUAAAAUGUAUUCUUACUUAGAUUUAUCUAAAGCCAUCCCGAUCUAAUGUAAAGAAACAAAUAGGAAAAAGGAGAAAAAAAAACGUCAUGGUCCCGGCCCUCGCCUUUUUCCUCCUCCCUCUUUUUUAAAACUUGUGUAAAUUAAAUGACAAAACCCCAGGGGUACAACAGCACCGUGGAAAGAUCAUUAACUGUCUUUUCAUUUCUAUUUAUUUAGGUCAUUUCAGCAAGUCACUUGUGUAAACAGGAUGUCUUUUUUUUUUUUUUUCCAAUGUCGGUCACAAUUUUACAUGUCACAACCCAAUGUCAAGUAUUUGUUUAACAAUAGAUUCUUCUCUACAAACAUCUGGUUUGUUUAUAUCAUGGUCUCUCUUGUGGUCAUCAAAGAGGCAGUCAUUCAUUCUGUUUUUUUUUUUUUUUCUUCCCCCCCUCCCCCACUUACCAUGUGAGUUGAUCUUGUGUUUCUGACAACUUGUAGAGAAGCGCUUGGAAGUAGGACACAGGUGAAACCUCCUGCUACUUACAACCUGGCUGGAUGUUUCCUGACUGACGUGUUUUGGCAUCCUGUACAUCUCUGUUUGGUCUUAGUUUGACACAAGCAGCAAGUGCGAUUGAGUUCGAAUGGCGGCCUGUACCUUCCUCAAUCCUUGUAGAAAGAUCAUUGUUUGAUAUAUAUAUUUUUGAUUUGGUUAGUUUCUGCCCUUGAUAAUUAAUGUAUGGUACCAAUAAAAUGAUACAUUUUCACUUUAA